AUGCUCGGGAUUGGCUCCACGCUUGCUGUUCUUUGGGUGCUCUUAUCCAACUCGGAGGUCGAGACUCAAGACAAGGAAAUCAGCGUCCUUGAGAAUCUGGAGAUAAAAAGUGAUGUCGAUCUUCCUUUCACGACGUACCUGUUGCUCUCCAAUUCUGUCCGGUACUAUUGGAUUUCUUCCUCAGUUCUUUGGAGUUCCGACUGCGCAGAGCCUUUCCUCGGCGUCGAGUCCACAUACAGCGCAAGCCUGCAGGCCGCAUACAGAUUAGUCCAGUGCCGCAGGGGCCAUCCACCCGCUCGCGGAGUCCACCAUGAUGGCCAUGUUCUGCACCGGAUCCGGGUUGACGUCCAUGCGGAGUUUCUUGAGAACGCAAUGCAGGGGCAGGUCGGCCGCGAUAUCGAAAAAGAAGAUGCGUUCUUAGGGUGUCAGUGCGGCAUCCUCGAGACACCUGGUGACUCGCUCGAUUGUGUACAUGUUGAGGGCCAUACGAAGUAUGGCCGCACAGAUGUGCAGGAGGCAUUCAAGAAUGAUGCCAAGGUUAUAAGGGUGGAUGGUUAUGACUCAAAAUUUUGGCGGGCCAUGACUGGGCCAUGGGAAUAUUUGGUCAAAUCUUAA